GAAUGGGUAAUUCUACCACAAAAAAUAGUUAUCACAAUAAUCAGAAAUAUACUAGUCAGUACAGUCUUAGCGAUAUAAUUGGUGGAACUUGCAUUGGAUCAACACAAUCUUCGCAGAAGGAAACUAAAUCAUGGUCUCGUGCCUCUUGCAGGAGUUGGAGCGAAGGCACAUUGUACGAUCCUUUAGGUACAUCAAAAACAUUGUGGCCUGUAUCACGUUCUCAGGCUAUGUUUCUUCCAGAAUUUCAAAUAAGACAAGUACCUUUACAAAAUGCUUAUACAUUUUUAAGCGUAAUAGCCAAAGGAGCUUAUGGAACAGUAUAUAAAAUUCAAAAACAAGAUAAUGGAAAACUUUUUGCUUUAAAAGUAGUUAGUAAAGCUAAAGUGGUUGCAGAAAAUGGUAUAAUGCAAGCUAAACAAGAAGUAUCCAUACAAAAAUUGGUUGGUCAUCAUCCAUUUAUACUGGAUUGCUCUCACAGGUGGCAAGGAAGAAAAACAUUGUACAUUUUAACUAGCUAUAUAAGUGGUGGAGAGUUAUUUUCAUUAGUCGAGCAAUGUGGCUCUUUGCCUGAAAAUAUAGUUAGAAUAUAUGUAGCAGAAGUUGCUUUAGCUAUUGACUUUUUGCAUAACGCUGGUAUAGUACAUAGAGAUAUAAAAGCCACAAAUGUUUUAUUGGACGAGGAAGGUCAUGCUGUAAUUAUUGACUUUGGUCUUGCAAAGUGGUUAAACCAUACAGAAAGGACACAUACACUUUGUGGAACACCAGAAUAUAUGGCACCAGAAAUAUUCAAUAGACAAUAUUAUGGACAAGAAGUUGAUUGGUGGUCACUGGGAGUAUUAGCUUGUCUAAUGCUAACAAAUGCGUACCCGGUAGGUCCAUCCAGCGAUCUUCUGCCAGAGAACAGAAGGACCAAUCACGCACCAGUUGGCACUCUGCCAACGAACGCGGAAAAUCUCUCUGCAGCUGCGAAGGAUCUGCUGAAACGAUUGCUUCAACCGGAUCCAUGCUUGAGGCUAAGGUCUCUGCUGAGUCUGCAGAGGAUCGCCUUCUACAUGGGCUACGAUCUGCAGAGUUAUAUGCUGAAGAAGGAAUCUCCGUUCAACCUGCUAGGACGAAAAGUGGAAAACCUCUCUGGGCGACAGUAUCUCUCACGCCGAGGACCGAUGAUCUCAUCAAUGUGA